AUGCCAACCUUAGCUUGGCCUCCAACCCCGGAUUCCGGCCCCAGUGCCAACACAACAUUCACGUUAUCAGAUUCCAGUGACUUGAAAAUUGUGGUCACCCAAUCAAUUGCUGACUCGGAUUCACGCCUUGGAUAUGUAGACGGUGAUUCUGCCAAAGAGACUGAUUCGGAUGAGGUGAGCUAUGACGAGCCAGGUUGGCCGAGCAGCCCUUACGAGACGGCUACUUUCCACGUCAAAAAGUCGGCUUUAAAGGAGCACGCUGCCUGA